ACAUCAUCUGUGGGCUGUAAUUUGGCUGAUUGUAAAUUGUAAUAAAAAAAUCAUAAAUUAUAAAAUGAAUGCUGUUCUGUUGAAGUGCUGUUGAAACUUGGAAUUUGGAAAUGAGUGCAAAGUUAUUUUGUAUUCCCCAAAUAGUAGCAUAUCUGACGAUAAUUUUUUUGCAGUUUAAUGUUUGCGAUUGCAAAAAAUGUUGUAGAUAACUUUCGCAGAGUAUGACGUGCACCAUCAAUUUUCACCGAGUGAAAGUUUUAAAACAAAUUGUCUUCUAAAUACAAUGGAACUGUUUUAACUAGUUUACAGUAGUGUUCGUUAAAUGUAUAUAUAAAUAUAUCGGAAAUGGAAAACGCAGGGUUUCCGUCUUCCGGCGACUGUGGGGAGGAAAUCGAGAGGGCUCUCAUGGAUCUAGGCCCCCUACUCGGUGUUUCCAUAAAAGAGGAAAUUAAUGAAGAACUAGGGGAUGGAUCGUCUAAUUCUGGUGUAAACGGUCGUGGUGCAGGCGACGGAGGGGCGGGCGACGGAGGGGCGGGAGCGGGGGCGGGCGGUGGCGACGCGGCGAAGGCGGAGGGCGAGGGCGCGGACUCGCUGGCGUCGCCUACCGCGCAGGCCGCCGUCUCCGCCGCCCGCUGCGUCUUCUGCCACGCGUUGCUGGCGCACACCGAGGGCACGCCCAAGCUCAUGGAGUGUCUACACUCCGCCUGUGACCAGUGUGUCAAGGCCAAAAUAGAAGAGAAACUCAGCACUAGUCGAGAUUUCCUCGGCGCGGGGCGCGUGACGGUGACGUGCGCGGAGUGCCGGCUGCAGUGCCAGCCAGCCAACAUGAUCGACCAGCGCUUCGUGCUGGAGAAGAUGGCGCUGGAGCAGGCCGGCGGCGCGGCCGGCGGUGCCGAGCAGCAGUGCAGCAGCUGCGGCGACACCGAGCCCGCCACCAGCUACUGCGUCGACUGCGCCGAGUUCAUCUGCGACAGCUGCGUCAGCGCUCAUCAGAGGCUGAAGAUCACGAAGGAGCACACGAUCAAGUCGCGAGCGGAGGCGCUGAGCGAGCUGCAGGCGGCGGCGGGCGCGGCGCGCGCCUCGCACGACAUGUUCUGCCGCGACCACCCGCAGGAGCGCCUCGCGCUGUUCUGCGAGACCUGCGACCGCCUUACCUGUCGCGACUGCCAGCUGCAGCACCACCGCGACCACAAGUACCAGUUCAGCACCGAAAUGGCGGCGCAGGCGCGGUCCUCCAUCGCGGCGUUGCUGGCGGAGGUGAGCUACAAGCGCGUGCUGUUGGGCUCGGCCAUGAAGGUCAUCCGGGACCGCCAGGCGCUCAUCGCCGACAAGAAGAAGGCGCUGGUGCACGAGAUCACGCAGACGGUGGUGAAGCUGACGAACGCGAUCAACACGCGCGGCAAGCAGCUGGUUCUGCGGCUGAACGAGGUGUGCGAUGGCAAGCAGCGCACGCUCGCCGAAAAGAAGGAGGCGCUGGAGCAGCUGGCCGCCAUCACCGACCACUGCGUCCGCUUUGUGGGCGCCGCGCUCGACCAGGGCAGCGACACCGCCGUGCUGUACAGCAAGCGGGCCGUCUGCGCGCAUCUGCAGCGCAUCAAGUCCCGCCGCGCCGACAUCCCCAACCCCGAGAUCCCCGUGCGCAUCUCCCUCGCGCUCGACAAGCUGCCGGACCUGCUGCGUGUGCUGUCCAGCAUCGGUGCCAUCGUGGUGGACGGCAAGGUGGACGGCGGCGCGGCCGGCAGCCCCGGCCCGCCGCCCGCCGCACCGCACGCCGCGCCGCACGCUCCGCCCACCGCGCACGCCGCGCCGCACGCCCAGCCCUACACCGCGCCGCACUCCGCCGUUGCCGCGCUGCAGCACGUCGCUAUGCAUCAGUCGUACGCGGCGGCGGCAUCGGCAGCGUCGGCGGCGGGCGGGUACCUGGCGCGGGGCGGGGCGCGCGCGAUCACGCCGCUGCGCCACCCCCACGUCACCUCCACCACGCACCCCCACCACCUGCACGGCAUGAACGAGCUGAACCUGCGCGGGUUGCUGAACGCGGGCGGGAGGGCGGCGCGGCCCCCCCACCCAGCGCACCCCGCACACGCCGCACACGCCUACCAGCACAUGAUGGGCGCGUACGCGAGCGGCUCGUACGGCGGCGGGGGCGUGUUCCCGGCGGGCGGCGGGGGCGGGGCGGUGAGCGGCGCGGGGGGCGGCGGCAGCGGGCGGCGCAGCGGCGGCCCGCGCACGCCCUCGCCCCACCACGCGCCGCCGCAGCCCGCCAAGUGGCACAUCCCGCAGCACGCGCUCGCCAACGGGGGAGCGGGCGAGGAGGGCGGCGGGGGAGGCGGGGAGGCGGGCGCGGAGUACAAGAUCACGCUCGGCCGGCCGCGCGCGCCGCCGCCCGCGCCCGUCGUCACCUCCACCAACCCCAAGACGCCCAGCCCCAGCCUCAACGGCGGCGCGAUGGAGCUGGACAAGGUGUGUGCGGAGUCGGUGCAGGACCUCAUGGCCACCAUCGCCAAGCUGGACUCUAAUGGCGUGCAGGUGGUGGCGGAGACGGCCCCGCCUCCCGCCGCCCCCGCGCCGCCGCCCCCUGCCUCACCCGCGCUCGUGCACUCCUCCACGGACGAGCGCCGCCCCGCCGACCCCAACGAGGACUGGUGCGCCGUCUGCAUGGACGGCGGCGAGCUCAUGUGCUGCGACCGCUGCCCCAAGGUCUUCCACCAGUACUGCCACAUUCCCACCAUCGAGAAGCUGCCCGACGAGUCGGAGUCGUGGCAGUGCCUGCUGUGCGUGAACUUCGCGGCGCUCCCGCCGGAGCCGGCGGCGGGCGGGGCGGCGGGCGGCGAGCUGGCAGGGCGCGCGCGGCGGCUCGUGGAGCGCGUCACGCUGGAGCUGUACUGCCAGUACGAGCUGUCGCUGCCGUUCCGCGAGCCCGCGCCGCCGCACCCGCGCGUCGCCCGCCCCAUGUGCCUGGACGCCGUGCGCGCGCGCCUGCAGCCCGCCGCCGACCACCGCUACACCUCGCCCGCGCAGUUCGUCGCCGACGUGCGCCUCAUCUUCCAGAACGCCUACGUCGCCAACCCGCCCGAGUCGCAGCUGUACAAGGACGCCAAGCGGCUGGAGGAGUUCUUUGACGCUCAGCUGGUCAAGUUGCUGCCGGAGUACGCGCAGUGGGGGGACCCGCCCAGCAAGCGGGCGCGGGUGGACUGACCCGCACCGCCCCUCGCCAGUCUCGCCCGCCUGCUGCCCUUCUGAGCGCUGUGGAUCGGCGGCCGGAUGUAGUUCGCCGCGAGUCACUAUGUUUUUGAGCGAGUUCGCCGUCUCACGACUCACGUGUAACGCACAAGCCCUAGGCCUAAAUAUAAUCAUAUGACAUAAAAAAACUACGAAGUAGUCGACAGUUGAACGUUUGCGCUCGACGCAAUCCUGGAUAUAGUGCCAAUCGUACGCGGACCUCAAAACCGUUUAUUUUAUAUUACAAAUUUUAUAUUUUUUAAGGUUCCAUUAGUACUACAAGCAAUAUAGAAGUAUAUUGUGUAAUUCUAUUACGUUUGAUCGACUGUCGGUCUGUCUUAGCGCGCUUAGCGUGGCCCUGAAUCACAAAUCUCAAAAGCUAUGCUUGGCCGGCAGGAAAGUUUUGUUAUUCUGUCCGACAUAAGUAACUCUUGUAAGAAUUCGAAAAAUACUUGUAACCUCAGGAGGUUAGAGAUUAGUACGUUCUGCAAAUGAAUAGCUCCGGAACCCGAACUUUGAUUACAUCCAAACGUGCUCUUAGUUAUUUAUUUAUACAUUGAAUACAAACGUAACACAACAUAUAGAUUAUAGACAGUAUUUUGUAUAGAUGUUAUCCGUUGUCUUGCGAUAAAUUGAGAAAACUUUUGAAAAAAAAAAAGAAAAUACAAUUAAAAUGUUUCCGUUUCAAAAUUAAUGAUAUUAUUAGUGUAAAACGUAGAUAUAAAUUUAAGCUACUCGCAUACUAUUUAAGUAGUUAUAUAAUUGAACAAUAAACAUUACUAGUGCGUGCGGCGGCGAGAGCGCGCUGCCUUCCCCGGGGGCCUCGCGGGCAACUAUUCUGUUAAGUACAGACGUACCUAGCCGUAGAGUGCGUAGACGGGGACCUUAGCUGAUUCUUCUGCAAAUAACUUGUCGGAGUCUUUGAGUAUGUACUUCUUAUCUUCGACAAAUUAUUUUAGUGUUUCCAGAGUGCCCAGAAUAAGUUUCUGAAAAAUUGCGAGGGUCCUCGCUCUGUGCCCUCUUUUGUGGUGAGUGGAGUGUGGACUCAAUCGACCCGACAGUACGAAGUCAUGUAAAAAGAUACAGCUGAGAAUGAAGCGCGCUCGCGCCUCUGCUCGAAUAGAAAAUAUCUAAUUUAUUUUAUUAUAAUAUUACCCUAAAACUAAAUAUUUUGCUAUUUAGGUGUAUAAUGAUCGAUGGAGCGUCCUAUUUAUGUAAGUUGUUAAAAAUUUUGUAGAAGCGAGUUAUAACUAUAGCGGGAUGUCGGUGUCGUGACGCAGGAUACGUCACGCGGAUCGUUAGGGCCAGGCCACACGGCGCGUUGCGUCAACGCAGUGCUGCCGU